AUGAAGCUGAGGUGGGGAUGGGCAUGUCUCUUAUUGCUGUCCGUCGUCAUGGUUACUUGGGCGGAGGAAGAGGAGUUGGAGGAUGAAGAGGACGCUCUCGUGGAGGAUGCUAUAGUUGAUUCAGAGGAAGAGAGCACGGGUGAAGCAGAUGCAAAUGUGUCCUUCCAGGUAACGUACAAGACUCCAGUGCCUACAGGAGAUGUCUUUUUCGCCGAAACGUUUGAUGAAGGAUCAUUGAGCAGAUGGCAGUUGUCCAAAACGACGAAGGAGGAUGCAGACGACGAUAUCGCCAAGUAUGACGGUAAAUGGGAGGUGGAGGCCCUGAAGGAGAACAAGGUACCCGGAGACCUCGGCCUGGUGCUCAAGUCCCGGGCCAAACACCACGCCGUCGCUGCCCUGCUGGACAAGCCCUUUGUCUUCAAAGACCAACCGCUUAUCGUCCAGUACGAGGUCAAUUUUCAAGACGGCAUAGACUGCGGAGGAGCUUACAUUAAGCUGCUGACGGAUGCGCCUGAUUUGGACCUGGACAAGUUUCACGACCGCACGCCCUACACUAUCAUGUUUGGACCAGACAAAUGUGGGGAGGAUUACAAACUGCAUUUCAUCUUCCAACACAAGAACCCUCUGAACGGAGACCUGGAGGAGAAGCACGCCAAGCGGCCUGACGUUGACCUAAAGAAGAUCUACUCGGAUAAGAAGACACACCUGUAUACGCUGGUGUUGAACCCAGACAACACAUAUGAGAUUUUUAUCGACCAGUCCAGUGUGAGCCGGGGAAGCCUGCUGGCUGACGUGAUCCCACCCGUUAACCCCCCGAAGGAGAUCGACGAUCCCAAAGACUCCAAACCGGAAGACUGGGACGAGAGAGCCAAGAUUCCCGACCCAGACGCAGUCAAACCGGAGGACUGGGAUGAAGAGGCUCCAGCCCAGGUGCCAGACCCUAAUGCUGUGAAACCAGAAGGCUGGCUAGAUGAAGAACCUGAGUUUGUGCCUGACCCCACGGCGGAGAAGCCAGACGACUGGGAUGUGGAGAUGGACGGGGAAUGGGAGGCACCUCAGGUCCCUAACCCUGCCUGUAAGUUGGCUCCCGGUUGUGGUGAAUGGAAACCUCCCAUGAUGAAUAACCCAAAAUACAGGGGCAAAUGGAAGGCCCCGCUCAUAGACAACCCCAACUACCAGGGUGUGUGGAGUCCCCGUAAGAUCCCAAACCCUGACUACUUUGAGGAUCUUCAUCCAUUUAAGAUGUCUCCGUUCAGGGCACUGGGGCUAGAGUUGUGGUCCAUGACCUCUGACAUCUAUUUCGACAACUUCAUCAUCACGGCAGAGAAAGAGGUGGCUGACCGCUGGGCCUCCGACAGCUGGGGCCUGAAGAAACUGGUGGCCAGCGCCAACGAGCCUGGUGUGUUGAGUCAGCUGGCGUUGGCGGCAGAGGACAGGCCGUGGUUAUGGGUGGUCUACAUACUGACCGUGGGGCUUCCUGUCGGCCUGGCCAUCCUCUUCUGCUGGCCAAAAAAAUCAGAGGACGACUACGUCUACAAGAAGAUAGAUACGGCGAAGGCGGACGAGCCCGAACCGGAGGAAGAGGAGGAGGAGGAGGAAGAGGAGGAGGAGGAGGAGGAGGAGGAAAAGGGAGAACAAAAGACUGAAGCUAAAACAGAGGACGUCCCAGAAGCUGCGGGCGAUGAAGCAGGGGAGGGGAUGGUGGCGGAUACGGACGCGGCGGGAGGUGACAGCCAAGACGGCGAUGAAGAGGAGGAGGACGCCAGCAAGUCCAACGACACAGCAUCAGACGACGAGAUGAAGGAAGCUGAUGAAGGUGCUCAGAGCACAGGCGACGGUCACAAACAGGCCGUCAGAAAGAGAAGAGUACGGAAAGACUGA